GCACAGUCUCUCACAGGUGGCCCGCCUGGCGGUCGCUUCGCUCACCACACCACACACUCAAUCCUCAUUCAGAAUGUCUCGCUUCUCCAAGCUGGGUCUGUUGCUGGCGGCUCUCUACCUGGUGCAGGUCUGCCAUGGACACGCACGGACGUAUACCCGGUGCCAGCUGUCCAGGGAACUGCUCCGAUACAACUUCCCUAGGAGCCUCAUCCCUAACUGGGUGUGCCUGAUCGAGCACACGAGUUCCCGGACAACAGACAAAGUCACCAAUCAUGUCAACAACUACACCAGUUACGGACUGUUUCAGAUAAACAAUAAGGACUGGUGCAAAAAGGGCAGAAAAGGCGGCCAUUGCAACAUGAAAUGUGAAGACCUCCUCAACGAAGACUUGGCAGACGACGUCCGAUGCGCCAAGAGAGUCUACGACCGAGUGGGCUUCAACGCCUGGCCUUCCUACUCGUACUGCAAGGAGAAGUCCUUGCCAGAUCUAUCUAGGUGCUAGAAACCGAAUUUAGAACAGCAAUAGCACAUAAACUACGAGUAGCAAGCUAUAGAUCGUUCCAUCUAC